GGAAUGUGCGGUACCCGGCAUUACAUCCUCGCAGAAACUUGAAAAUCACAUUUUCACGAUAAAGUUCUGACCAGCCAUACCUUCAAACCCCAUCACCAUAUUAUUGCUAUCAUGCCUAGUGAUUCUACAAUUCAUGCAUUGGCCGGUGCGACAGGAGGAAUCGUGGCCAUGUCGGCUACAUAUCCUUUGAUAGUCUUAUCUACGCGGGCUGCAGUAGAGACCAAAAAUGAGUCGAAGCCUGUCUACCAGGCCGUCCUUGAUAUCAUCAAAAGAGAAGGCGUUUUAGGCCUUUAUAGUGGCCUCAAUUCUAGCCUGUUGGGUAUAGCAGUCACGAAUGGCGUGUAUUACUACUUUUACGAGCGGUCGAGAGGAGCCAUUCUCAAUUCAAGGGCGGGGAGUAAAGCGUUAAGCACCAUCGAGUCGAUAAUAGCUGGACUGAUAGCUGGUUCUGCUACAACAAUCAUCAGCAAUCCUAUAUGGGUUGUUCAAACCUCUCAAGCUGUUCACACCGUUGAGUACCCAUCUUCGGAUCCCUCUCAGGCAAAAACCGUGGUGAAGAAGCUUGGCUUUGUGGAAACCAUCCGAAACAUUCUCGCAAAAGAUGGUGUAGGCGCAUUUUGGCGCGGCAUAGGUCCUGCUUUGGUCUUGGUCAUAAAUCCAGUGUUGCAAUACACUAUUUUCGAACAGCUUAAGAAUAUGCUCAUCCGGACAAGAACGGAGAAAAUGCGAGCAGCCGGUCUUGUUGCUGCCGUCGCAGUUCUAUCGGACUGGGAUUUCUUCUUUUUGGGUGCACUAUCUAAGCUGGUCGCCACAUCUAUAACCUAUCCUUACAUCGUUGUAAAGAGUAGGCUCCAGGCAGGACAUGCUCACGCUCUUCAGUAUAAGUCCUCUUUGGAUGGGCUUCUGACAAUUUUAAGGGACGAGGGUAUACAAGGGCUGUACAAGGGCAUUGGCAGUAAGGUCACUCAGAGUGUCCUCACGGCAGCUAUUUUGUUCGCGGGACAGAGAAGAAUCUAUGAGCUCAUAAAGAAGGCACUUGCCCCGGUUGUUCAAACAUAAUGUUUGGUUUUGAUCAAGCAGCAUGGUGUGUUAGCCCUGUCUGCUUUCCUCUUUUCAAGUCAAAUUGUGGACCUCGGUCUGGGCGUAAGGGUUUAUGGAUCCCGUUUGCGUGGGUCUAUGGAUCAAGGGCUUAUGUCUUAGGCCACCUACGUAAAUUUGUUUGCCUACUAUACACAGUUUUAUGAUUAUUCAGACUUAGACCUCGUAUACGCGUACCUUUCACCACUGGCAAGUGAUUUGAUGUAACCCCUAAUUCGAAGUCACACCGAAGCGUUACACCCGCGUGACCUGGUGAACGCGUAUCCGAUUUGUUCUUCAACUUGUAAUGCCACCUCCGCUUCGAUUGAAUGCUGUAGCAUUCAUUUCUCCACAGAACCACCCGAUUCUCAUACGAACAUUUCACAAAGGAGAUGAGCUCAAAUAUCAUUACAUUGCACACACAAGUCUGGAUGUAUUUGAAGAACGCAUAAAUGCAGACGCCAAAGCCACGGAAUGCUACUUGGGUCUACUAUAUGCAAUGGAUGAUGUUGCAGUGUACGGGUACAUGACGCCAUUGAAAGUGAAAAUCGUUAUCGCUCUGGCUCUGACGGAUUCAGUAGUGAGGGAUGCAGAAGUCAUCAUGAUUUUCAAAGCGCUACAUAUGGCCUUUUAUCGCGCUGUUUCGAACCCGUUUCUGAAGCUAGGUUCAUCGGUUGAGCCUUCUGGAGAGCAAUACCCUUUCCUUCAGAUUAGUGGGGGAAAAUGGAAAAACUUUCGACAGCGCGUAGACGAAAUAAGUAGGGCUACGGGAAAUGUUCCUAUACCAAACAGCUGAACUUGAAGUCAUGUUCGUGCGAGUAAUGCGCAUUGUGUGGAUACGAGGUUCCGCAGUUCAUCGCGGAUUGCAGGUUUCGGCCAACGUCACAAUCCGCGGUCUAACUGCCUUUGUUUAAAGAUUACCACAUUUGAGACAGAUACGGGGUGAACAUAUUUUACCAUGCAAUUCGUUGCUCUCGAAUAUACAUAUGAUAUAAUCAAUAUAGAUACCCAGGAAAACUUUGUUUUUGUGAUAAGAAACCUUGAUCAUGUCUUUCACUCGUCUUCAUGCUGAUAUUAAUUAUCUGGAGAACUGGGGUAAGAUAUAAUAUAGGGACCACUGAUGCUAUAACCCCAUCAAAGCUCGGUUCAACUGGUCAAGCUCUUCAUUGGCUUCUCGUGCCAUUACUCUCGCCAUCCCAUCCUGGUCUGCCGAAGCAACAUAACUAAGUGUUAUCUUUGCUCUCUUCAUGAAGGCCCCGGAGAUCGAUCCUUCAUGGAAGUCAGAAUCAUAGACGUGCUCUGUAGUCGAACGAAUGAGAAGAGAAAGGAAAUGCAGCGCAGCACGUCGAAGCGACGGAUAUUUAGUGUAAGUGGAUGUAGGAUUCGAGUCGAUGGUUUGUUCACUUUCAUCACUAGUACUUGGAGUUUGAUGAGUAGAGGGCAUUUCUACUUGCAGGAGAUCCACCAUGGCAUCAGCAAGGUCAUCCACAUAGCUUGAGAGAGCAAUAGAGUUUGUCUUGAUACAUUCUGUGAGAAGGGAUAUCGCGGAGGUGCGCAAAACUGUAGGGGCGUAAGAUGAUCG